UGUGUGAUCCGAUAUUAUUAAAGUCUUUAAUUUAACGAAUAAAAAUAAAUUGCUUAAUUCCUGAAAACUUUUAGUUGUGUGUUCGUGUGGUGAAAUUUAAUAAAAAGUUUAUUUACUCGACAAAGACUGAAAAAGGCCUACGAAUGUCUGAAAGGAAAACGAAAAGAUUGCCUGGAGCGCAAUAUAAAAGAAAGCGAGAGGAAAAGCAAAAUGAAGCUAAAAAAAUGUUUGGCUCAUUAACAAAGUUUUUAGUAAAAUCGCCAGAACCGGAAAGUAGUUGUAGUAGCCAAUUAAAUCCAAUUGAUGAUUUGUUUUGCGAUAAAAAUGAAAAUGAAUUAUCUGUCGAAAAUGAAAAGGCUAAUGACAAUACUAGUAGUACCGACGAAAUGGAAACAGAAGAUAAUAAGGAUAUCGAUCUAUACAAUACCGAUACCGCUGAAAUUGAUAAAGCAUAUUUUGCUAUGUGUAUGGAUUUAAAUGAUCCAGCUUGCUGGCCUUUAACAAUUACCACUAAAAUAUUGGAUAUAUUAAUCGAAAAAGGACCCAUACAAAAUAAACAAUCUACAUAUCCAAUUAAUGAAUUGGGAAGAUCAUUUUCAUCAACUUAUUUCUAUAGAAAAAUGCCAAAUGGUGAAAAAUUUAAUCGUGAGUGGUUAAUCUAUUCUCCAAAAACGGAUUCCAUAUUUUGCUUCUGUUGUAAAUUAUUUGGCAAACAAGAAAUAAAAUUAGUUAAUGAAGGCUUCAAUGAUUGACAACACACAUCUGAUAAUUUAUCUCGUCAUGAAAAAACAUCGCUGCAUAUCGGAAAUUGCACCAAUUGGAAAAAUUUGGAAUUAAAUUUAAAAAACAAAGCUACAAUUGAUAAAAAUUUGCAACGGUAUUAUGACGCAGAGAAAAAACGAUGGUAUCAAAUUGUCGUACGCAUGAUAUCUGUGGUACAAUUUCUGGCAGUACAGGGUUUAGCGUUUAGAGGUAGCUCGAGCAGAUUGUAUGAAAACAAUAAUGGAAAUUUUCUAAAAGCAAUUGAAAUGAUAGGAAAAUUUGAUGAUGUUAUGGCAGAUCACAUAAAUCGCAUUCAACAAUCAGUUGCUUUAAAGAACCAUAUGCCACAUUAUGCGGGAAAUCGCUUCCAAAAUGAAAUAAUUAGUAUCCUUGCAGCGCAAAUUCAAAAAUAUAUUUUGUCAGCAAUAAAAGACGCCAAAUAUUUUUCAGUAAUUUUGGAUUGUACGCCGGACAUGGGACAUGUCGAGCAAAUUACAAUAAUUUUGAGAUAUGUGCAUAUUCAAAAUGACGAAGUAGAAGUGAGAGAAAAUUUCGUUGGUUUUUCUCCAGCUCAAAAAAGUACUGGAGAAGCUUUUUACGACUUUUUAAUUGAAAAAUUAAGCUCUCUUAAAUUAAAUGUUAACGAUAUGAGAGGCCAGGGGUAUGAUAAUGGAUCAAAUAUGGCUGGAAAACAUAUUGGAUUGCAGAAACGAAUUUUGGACAAUUAUCCACGAGCUUUGCUUAUGCCAUGCAACGCGCAUACAUUAAAUUUGGUCGUCAAUGAUGCAGCGAAAGUUUCUUUUUCAACUGUGGAUUUUUUUAGUAAUGUGUCAGCAAUAUACAAUUACUUUUCCGGAUCACCUUUUCGAUGGCAAAUUUUAAAAAAACAUGUAAAAUCGUUAACAGUAAAACAAGUUAGCGUAACCCGGUGGGAAUCAAGGAUUAAGGCGAUUAGACCACUGCGUCAUGAAUUAGGUGAAAUUUAUGACAGCCUAAUAGAACUAGCGGAAGAAUGUUCAACACCAAUAGGUCAACAUGAAGCUAAAUGUUUGGCAAUGAAAAUUAAAUCGUACAAAUUUAUUUGUUCCACAGUAAUAUGGUACGAAAUCUUAGAAAAAGUAAAUAUUAUUAGUAAAAUGAUGCAGACCGUUUCUUGGAAUCUUACUUCAUGUGCUGAAUCUAUUAAUAAUAUUUUAAUUUUUUUCCAAAGUAUUAGAAAUGAUGAAAAUUUCGAAAAGUAUUUGAAAAUUGCUGAUGAAUUAUGUGAAUCACUUGAAAUACAACCGGAAUUUCCUGUUGAAAUUUAUCUACGUCGAUGCCAUAAGCGAAAACAAUUUGACUAUGAAGGAGAUGAGGAUAUUCAGUUAACUGCUAAAGAAAAUUUCAAAAUUAAUUUUUUCUAUGUAAUCUCUUGCCAAGAGAACAAGUACAAUAUGCACAUAUUUCGCGACGUACCUCAACAACUCUUACAAGUACAAGGAACCAAAUUAUUACUGUAUCAAAUUCUGGAAAAACAGCAAAAGAAAACUUUAAAAACUAUUUUCUUAACGAAGGAAAGCUACCCUGGCAAAAUAGUAUUUGUAAGUUUUAGCUACAGGACGAAAUAGUGUAACGGAGUUUGUAAAGCCAUAAAUAAUAUGUAGGUAAAUGAUGAUACUUUGUUUUAUGUAGUGAGUGAUACAAGUAUAUUGUUGAAUAAGUAAUAAAUUAAUUUAAAUGGAA